UUUUUGUUUUUCCGGGAAGUGUGGUGGGAGGAGAUGACGCAUCGCCUCAGGAGGGGGAAACGUUGAGAAGUGACGCGCAGCAGAUGGCUGCUGGAGAGAACAGUGGCAGGCCUCCAUGCCUCAACUUCGCUGGUCCGGGUCCUCUGGGAAACAGCCAACCCAGCAACAGCGUUUUCUCUAUGCCGGCUUCCAAUGGCGGCGCGGUGGGUUCGUCUGGCGGGGCCCAGGGAGCUGCUCGGCGUUCCAACCCGCAGCUGGGGCCUGGCGGUGUAGACGGCAACGAAGUUCUGACCUCCGGAGCGCCACCGACAGCCCAGAGCUCUCUUCAGCCACCGAACGCGGCGAGUGCAGCGGCCGCCCGAGCCAUGGCCACCCCGGCAUCCAACAUGGCAACAAUCGCGCCGUCGAACGCGACCCCGGCGGCGGCACCCGCCGCCACUCCGGCUGCCGCGUCCGUGUUGGUGUACCGAGAGCCGGUGUAUAACUGGCAGGCGACAAAGAGCACCGUGAAGGAGAGGUUUGCGUUUCUGUUCAACAACGAAGUACUCAGCGACGUCCACUUCUUGGUGGGCAAAGGAAUGGGGGUUCAGAGGAUACCUGCGCACAGGUUUGUCCUGGCCGUUGGAAGCGCCGUGUUUGAUGCCAUGUUCAACGGCGGAAUGGCGACGACAUCAACGGAAAUCGAGCUCCCUGACGUGGAACCAGCCGCCUUUUUGGCGCUGCUGAAGUUUCUGUACUCGGAUGAAGUUCAGAUCGGGCCUGAGACCGUGAUGACCACACUCUAUACCGCCAAAAAGUACGCCGUCCCAGCCCUGGAGGCACACUGUGUGGAGUUCCUCAAGAAGAACCUGAGAGCGGACAAUGCUUUCAUGCUGCUCACACAAGCACGUUUAUUUGAUGAGCCUCAGCUUGCCAGCCUCUGUCUAGAAAACAUCGAUAAGAACACAGGAGAUGCUCUCGCUGCUGAAGGCUUCACAGACAUUGACCUUGAUACGCUGGUUGCUGUGUUGGAGAGGGACACUUUAGGCGUGCGCGAGGUGCGUUUGUUUGGAGCUGCAGUGCGUUGGGCGGAGGCGGAGGCCCACAGGCAGCAGCUGCAGCCCACCCCAGAGAACAAGCGCAAAGUGCUGGGCAAAGCCCUCACACUCAUCCGCUUCCCUCUCAUGACCAUUGAAGAAUUUGCUGCAGGCCCAGCCCAGUCCAGCAUACUAACUGACAGAGAGGUGGUGAGUCUUUUCCUCCACUUCACAGUGAACCCUAAACCGCGUGUAGACUUCAUCGAUCGGCCUCGCUGCUGCCUCCGAGGGAAGGAGUGCAGCAUCACGCGGUUUGGACAGGUGGAGAGUCGCUGGGGCUACAGUGGGACAAGUGACCGCAUACGGUUCUCAGUAAACAGAAGGAUAUUUGUGGUUGGAUUCGGCCUGUACGGCUCUAUACACGGACCGACGGACUACCAAGUCAACAUUCAGAUUAUUCACACAGACAGUAACACUGUACUGGGCCAGAAUGAAACAGGUUUCAGCUGCGACGGGUCGGCCAACACCUUCCGAGUCAUGUUCAAAGAACCAGUGGAGAUACUGCCCAAUGUUAACUACACUGCCUGUGCUACACUCAAGGGCCCGGACUCUCAUUAUGGGACUAAGGGAAUGCGAAAGAUAACACAUGAGUCAUCAACAACCGGCACCAAGACCUGCUUCACCUUCUGCUACGCGGCGGGUAACAACAAUGGCACUUCUGUAGAGGACGGACAGAUUCCCGAGGUCAUCUUCUACACAUAGUCAACUUCAACUUUUGUGGUGAUGUUCCAUCAAAUGUGACAGCCUGGAAGCAGUGCCGUAGGGAUGGGUGGGGGGGAGGUCUGUGGCUCGGGGCUCGUGUCAUAAUACUGUCCCCUCCAUAUGGUACAGUACUGUUGGCCACAUUGGAAGACAAAUACCUAUGAGGCGAUGGGUCACAAUAAUUUGUGUAGUUUGUCCUUUGAGAUGCACUCUCUUUUGAUCUUUCUGAAAAUGAUGACUGUCAAUGACUCCACAGCGGACCAAAAUUAAAAUAAGGCGUAUCUGCUGAUAUUAUUGGCAUUCGUAGAUAUCGCUGCUGUGGGUUGCCAACAAACAGCUUGACACUGAAUGUUACCCAAGCUAGUCAGACCAGCAUUUCACAACUACAUGGCAGCAGGUACUCGUCACAUCCAUCUGCACAUUUUAAAGGCUUUAUGGAUUCUUGCCAUAUUCAAACCAAACUUAUUAACUAUAACAGUACCACAUAAUAAGCAAGUUUUAGUUACUUCAGUACAAACUGUUUGCUCUUGUAGCUUUGCUUGUUGGUUGCCUAUAUCCAAAAGACCUUUCUUGGCCUUUGCAUUUUGGGUUGUUUCACGGAUGCACAUUAACUCUUCUCAUAUCUUUUUUUUUUUUUUUUCCUUUCCUUUUAACUUUGUUGUAAAUAUGUGGGCCCAGGGCGGUGUUGACGUUUAAUUGUUGUACAAACCUCAACUCCCACAAAUUUGCUCUGUAUAAUGUCAGUUAAAGAGAUUGAUUUGUAUUCCCCACCCCCCACCCACACAUCCAUCCUACAUUCAGUAGACGAAAGUGCAAACAUGAACAACAUAUUUAAAGUUCCACCUGCUUUGGUAAAACCGAAUGCCUUCAGAAAUUGAUCCCUGCAUCACAUCAAUAAAAUAAUAAUCAUUGAGGGAAUACUUUAAAGAAGCAAUAUAUCUGACAUGAUAGUUUGUCAUUGAAACAAAAUGCUGUGAUGUUAAGAUGGUGUGCUAGAACCCUGCUUUGAUAUCAGCUCAUUAAACAUUUUUGCAAAAGGUA